CCAUUAUACUUGCCCAUAAAUCUUUGAGAACAGUAUAAUGACCUUCGUGCCUCUUCUUGCAAGGUGUUUUCUCAGCUGUUAUCUCAAGACAUGGAUAUAAAAAAUUCACCAUCUAGCCUUAAUUCUCCUUCCUCCUACAACUGCAGUCAGUCCAUCUUAUCCCUGGAGCACGGCUCUAUAUACAUACCUUCCUCCUAUGUAGAGAGCCACCAUGAAUAUCCAGCCAUGGCAUUCUAUAGCCCUGCUGUGAUGAAUUACAGCAUUCCCAGCAAUGUCACUAACUUGGAAGGUGGGCCUGGUCGGCAGACCGCAAGCCCAAAUGUGUUGUGGCCAACACCUGGACACCUUUCUCCUUUAGCAGUCCAUCGCCAGUUAUCACAUCUGUAUGCAGAACCUCAAAAGAGUCCCUGGUGUGAAGCAAGAUCACUAGAACACACCUUACCUGUAAACAGAGAGACAUUGAAAAGGAAGGUUAGUGGGAACCGUUGCACCAGCCCUGUUACUAGUCCAAGUUCAAAGAGGGACGCUCACUUCUGCGCUGUCUGCAGUGAUUACGCAUCGGGAUAUCACUAUGGAGUCUGGUCGUGUGAAGGAUGUAAGGCCUUUUUUAAAAGAAGCAUUCAAGGCCAUAAUGAUUAUAUUUGUCCAGCUACAAAUCAGUGUACAAUCGAUAAAAACCGGCGCAAGAGCUGCCAGGCCUGCCGACUUCGGAAGUGUUAUGAAGUGGGAAUGGUGAAGUGUGGCUCCCGGAGAGAGAGAUGUGGGUACCGCCUUGUGCGGAGACAGAGUAGUGCCGACGAGCAACUGCACUGCGCCAGCAAGGCCAAGAGGAGUGGCAGCCACGUGCCCCUAGUGCGGGAGCUGCUGCUGGACGCCCUGAGCCCCGAGCAGCUGGUGCUCACCCUCCUGGAGGCUGAGCCACCCCAUGUACUGAUCAGCCGUCCCACUGCGCCCUUCACCGAGGCCUCCAUGAUGAUGUCCCUGACCAAGCUGGCUGACAAGGAGUUGGUACACAUGAUCAGCUGGGCCAAGAAGAUUCCCGGCUUUGUGGAGCUCAGCCUGUUCGACCAAGUGCGGCUCUUGGAGAGCUGUUGGAUGGAGGUGUUAAUGGUGGGGCUGAUGUGGCGCUCAAUUGACCACCCCGGCAAGCUCAUCUUUGCUCCAGAUCUUGUUCUGGACAGGGAUGAGGGGAAAUGCGUAGAAGGAAUUCUGGAAAUCUUUGACAUGCUCCUGGCAACUACUUCAAGGUUUCGAGAGUUAAAACUCCAACACAAAGAGUAUCUCUGUGUCAAGGCCAUGAUCCUGCUCAAUUCCAGUAUGUACCCUCUGGUCACAGCGACCCAGGAUGCUGACAGCAGCCGGAAGCUGGCCCACUUGCUGAACGCCGUGACCGACGCUUUGGUCUGGGUGAUCGCCAAGAGUGGCAUCUCCUCCCAGCAGCAAUCCAUGCGCCUGGCUAACCUCCUGAUGCUCCUGUCCCACGUCAGGCAUGCGAGGUCCCGUGUACACAAGUAAAAUGGGGCCCACACAAGUCCUGGUAUCUAGUGCCUCAAUUAUUUGGAUAGAUUUUCUGUAAUCAUUCUGAGUUUGAUUAGAAUUAUAUCCUUUAGAGAUGGGGUGAAAAGCAAUUCAUUCAUUUGAAGUUAUCUUAGUGCCAAGAGUCAUGUGAAAAUGUGUCUUGCAUGUGGGCAAUGAAAAUUUUGCAGACAAUAUAAAACCCAGACUACUUCAUAAAAGAGUUUUGGGAAUACACUGAGCUCUGAGUGAAAGAAGCUACAGUGGCCUCCCUGGAGAUGGGGGGCAAACCAGCUUAAAGGCCUUCAUCCUGAGGAAGAGAUGAAAAUUGAUGUGCACAGUAUUAGGCUUUGAAAUGCAGACCACACUUCCUUUCACUGCAACUUUGACUUGUCCCACAUCUCUACUUAAGGGCAGAAAAGGCCUCUCAAACACUCACCUCAUUUGGAAUGGAAGACGGAGAUACUCUUUUGCCUGAAGCAAUGGAUGGAUCUGUGACCUUCUAAUCAACUCGGUGGCCUAAAGAAAAAUCUUGGGUAACAUUUUCACUUCAGUUUCCCUCUGGGAUCAUUGUAAUCCAUGAAAAAAAUAAUUUUAAAGAGUUAAACUACUUUGAAGUUAUGUGGUUAAAAACCACCUUCCUUUCUAUAUCAAUCCAACAAUUUGGUAACUUUAAACACUGAAGGUAAAGUGAAGACGGAUUCUCUUCAGAUGGUCUCCCUAACUGCCCAGGCCUUGCGGAUGUGUCACCCAUGAGGGGCACCAAUGUGGAAAGCUGAGGCUUCAGCUACUGAUGAGCUUCACUGCUUUCCCCUGAGGUUUGUGCUUUGCAGACAAGGGGAGGAGGGGACUGGGAUUGUGUGGUCAGCUGUGUCUGCCAACAGAUGCAGGUUAGGAACUAGGAACUGUGUUCAGUAUCUUCCAAUCAAGAAAGGGGAAAUGCUGAUGCCUAUCCUCUUUGUUUAGGUAGAAAGUAAAAUGUUACUGGACUUAAAUGGGCAACAAGGGGCUUUGUCUGUUAAUUUG